AUGGCGCCCUCACCACUGCACUCCCUCCCCUCACCAACCACAUCCUUCAAGCCCAUCCUAGCAGCGUUCACACAGCCGCCAACAGCAACCCCAACAACCUUCAUCACGACAGUCGCAAAACUCGUCCCCCGAACCGUGACGACCGUCUCCGUCUACAUCACCCAGGUCCCCUCGGCCACCGCAGCACCAGACGCACCAAAGCUCAAGGACCCAGUCUACGGAAACCUCACCUGGACCUUCAUCGUCGUCCCCUGCGUUCCCGUUAUCGUCCUCAUCUUCUUCAUCUUCACCUGCUACCAGGAGCGCCGCCGCGCCAUCAGAAACAUGAAGAGGAACCCCGAUAUCGAGAUGCAAACCUUUCACAGGUUCUGGUUCCCCUGGCGCGAGCUCGAUAAGAACGAGGUCCCCAACGAGGUAAGUACAAGCAGAACCAACCCGUCUUCUUCUCACAUCACCCUUCCCCCCGGUGCCCGAGAUGGUGGUGAUGUUGGUCCUGGCGAUGCUGCUGCUGCUGCUUCUGCUGCUGCUUCAACUUCAGCUCCAGAAACCAGCGGCAGCACGUCCCCAGGCAUCCUCAUCCUCGGAGAACACCCCCGUCGCAAGAAGCGUCGAUGGGCAGCGUGGCACCCAAGUGACGGAACCCAGAUUCCCCCCAUAACCCUCUACGAGAACCCCCCUUCCUGGGGCCGACGACACCUCUGGUCCGAGGUCAUGGCGUAUCCAUCCCUCCUGAACCCAGGCCUCAUCCGUCGUCGCAGCAAAACCCCCACCAACACCAAGCCCGACCCCGCCGACGAUACCUCCUCCUCUUCCUCCUACUCCUCCCCUCCGAGCCCGAACGCCUCUCCCCCGAGACCUACCCCCCCUCGAACCGCCCCCCCGAGAACCUCACCCCCUCGAACUCCCGGCGGUCUACCUGUAAUCACCGAAACGGAAUCCGACGAUGGCGACAUCGCCACUGCUCUGAGACGCCCCCGAUUCGCAGAGCCCACGACUCGAAUCAUCGAACCCGAACGCGAACACGGUCCAGGACGAGAUACUAACCCACACCCUUCCCAGAUCUACGGAAGAACAGGCCGCCGUCGCCACUGGGGCCAAGAAGACGACCAUCCCCGUGAGGGCCAGAGCUCCAGCUCUAGCGAGAACCAGACAGACACGUCAGACGAAGGAGACACCAACAACGGCUCUGACAACGAUGAAAACCACUCGGACGCAGACUCCAUAACCACACAGAAGCCCCUCCGUCCCCCAACCGACAUCCCCUCCUUGGGCCGCUUCAAGGACAUCUCUUCCUCUACUGGCACCAGUACUCCAAAGAGCACCACCGCCGCAAGCAGCGGCGGCACAGGCACUUGGGCAGCAGGCCACAUCCCCUCCUACUACGGCGCCUCUCCGACCCCAGCGCACAAUUACGCCCAUCAGCAGCAGUCAUCUUCAAGCGCAUCCACCUCAGCAACUCCAACAGCAGCAGCAGCAGCAGCCGCUGGCGCCGCAGCCCUAUCCCGCCGAGCCCAUACCGCAGCAUCUCGAGCCUCCGCCACAAACUCAGACGGCGUCUCCCCGCUCUCCAGCGCGCGAUCCUCUACCGUCACCGUCACCGGCGACGCCCGCCGCAGAACAACAAACACCGUCUCCAGCAUCGGAUCCGAGCCGGGCUCCCCGACGGAGGGAGAAUCCCGCUCCCCAACCCGCUUCGGCACCGUCAAGUGGCGUUCAGCUCUCAACAGCGAGGCCUCUUCUUCAUCUUCCGGUGCUGCUGCUGCUGUAGACCUUAACGCUGUUACCGACGAGCCCACGACCAAGACCAAGUCAAAGGCCAAGGGCAAAGGCAAGGCGAAAGCCCAACCCAGAUCGCCCGGAGCCAAGACCGACAACAUCACCGCCAAGGCCAAACCCAAAUGCACCUGCAAAGGAAAAGGCAAAGGCAAAGCUGUAGCCUCAUCCAGUGGCGGUGCAUCUCCCAUCGUCAGCGUCGUCGCUGAAUCAUCCACCUCCGCGUCCGCGUCUUCGUCAUACUGCCCUCGGCACUCUCACCAAAGCCACAACCCCGCCGUCGUCGAGGCAUCCCAGUCCACCUCCGCGGCACCGGACACCCGAGACCCGGCGCACAAGAACAAGAACAAGGCCCAUCGCAGAUCGAUUACAGAGUGGCCCCGCGUCUGCUCCGGCUGCGGCCAGGUGGGAUAG